CAUGUCUUCUUCGAUUCCAGUGGUGCUGGUGGUGGUGCUUAUUGGGAUUUCUGAGUCCAUUAAGGCUGAUUCUCUGAUGAUGACCUCUUCUUUAACUCCAGAGAUUUCGAAGUCUGAUAAAUUAAAACAAAUCGUGCCGCAAAAUGCGGAAAGUUCAGAGGAUACAGAUGCCUUCGAAACUGACAUCUCUAAUGAACAUGAUCCAGGUGAUGCCUUAAAGGACUCCAGUUCGCCGGAUGCGCAUGUUUUAAGGAAUAAGACAACUGAAAAUAAAGCCAAGAACACAAUGACGGGACUUAAUGAUUCUGAAAAUCUUAACUUGGCACGGCCAGCGAGUUCAUAUCAGGAAGCGCUGCUCAAUCGCCUGCAGGAUCAGUUGAAUCAGUUCGUUGUUGGCCUGCCCCUGGACUUGGGCUUCUCCACCUUGAACUAUAUAUGCAGCACCAUUGUGGAUCUCGGAGUGGUGAGGUCCAAGCUAAUACCGGAUAUGUCGCGUAUGAGUUUUCUGCUUCGAUCGAGUGAUGAUUGUCAGAACACCAGUAUUCCACUGACGCAGGCGGAGCGGUUAUGGAACACUACCGGAUUUUACCAGGAUCGACCCACUGUCUUGUUCAUCACCGGCUGGACAACGAGCAUUAAUAAUUCCAAUAGUGGCCCCGUGGCAAAGGCUUAUCUUUGUCGCAAUGAUACCAAUGUUUUGAUUCUAGAUGCUGCGAACUUCAUAGACACCCUGUAUACAUGGUCUGCCCUAAACACAGAGGUCAUUGGAGAUUAUCUGGCCAAGGCGCUCCUCCGGCUGAAUACAAGCUAUGUGACCAAACAGUUCCAUUUGGUGGGUCACAGUUUGGGCGCCCAGAUAGCCGGCUCAGCGGGCAGAAACUAUCGACGAUUGUCUGGGGGACAAAUCCUGAAGAGAAUCACCGGUUUGGAUCCGGCUAACCCAUGUUUUUACGAUGGCAAUGAGCUGGAGGGUCUGCGGAGUGGCGAUGCCCGAUUUGUGGACAUUAUCCACACGAAUCCCGGCAUGUUUGGCACAUCGAAACGUGCCGGCGAUGCUGACUUCUUUGUCCAGGGACGGAUUCCCUUCAAGCCGGGAUGCGAGAGCCUUGACCCCAUUAGCUGUUCGCAUCAGAGAGCCGUGGAUUACUGGACGGAAACGGUGUAUCCGUCGAAUGGGAAUGACUUCCUGGCCAAGCGAUGUAAGCGCUAUUCGGAACUCCUCCUUGGAAACUAUUGCAAGAACACGAAUACCGUGAUGGGCUUUGCCGCCAAGGCCACGGGUCUGGGCCUGUUCUACGUGGGCGCCAAUCGAGAGGAGCCCUAUGGCCAAAAUGCCAAUCUGGAGAGCUACACCAACUCUGCAACAAAAUGUGGAGCUUGUGCAUGAAUAUACGUACAUGUAUUUUUAUAGUAGUAUUAUUAAAGAGAAACACAAUUAAAAAACUGUA